CAAGACGAGCGGCGUUGAGAUUUCAGCGACAGCGUUAGAGACCAAAAGAUGUGUAGCUCCUACUGAAAAACAUGCUGUCCCCAGAACGCACGAUGUUUCUGUUUGCUGGGGUGAAAUCUAACUGAGGUCUAGCAAAAGCAUCGGUGGAAUCCACAGUUAAAAGACGGAUUGUACAAUAAGCACGAGUGAUCAGCGAGAGGAGAUUUGAACGCGCUGCUGUAGGAGAUCAGCGGACGGCUGUCUGAGAUCUAGUCAACAACAUUUCUUUGUUUCUCCGUGUAAUUUCGGUUUAAUAUGGCGAGCGAUUCUCCGGCUCGGAGUCUGGAUGAAAUCGACCUCUCCGCGUUAAGGGACCCUGCAGGAAUAUUUGAGCUGGUGGAGCUGGUGGGCAAUGGCACAUAUGGUCAGGUGUACAAGGGCCGACAUGUCAAAACGGGUCAACUGGCUGCCAUCAAGUGCAUGGAUGUCACAGGGGAGGAAGAGGAGGAGAUCAAAGCUGAGAUCAACAUGCUGAAGAAAUACUCUCACCACAGGAACAUCGCCACCUACUAUGGUGCCUUCAUUAAAAAGAACCCUCCCGGUGUGGACGACCAGCUGUGGCUGGUGAUGGAGUUCUGUGGCGCAGGCUCAGUGACAGACCUGAUCAAGAACACCAAGGGCAACUCACUGAGGGAAGACUGGACUGCCUACAUUAGCAGAGAGAUCCUCAGGGGGCUCACUCAUCUCCACCAUCACAAAGUCAUCCACAGAGACAUCAAAGGACAGAAUGUGCUGCUAACAGAGAACGCAGAGGUCAAACUAGUGGACUUCGGUGUGAGUGCACAGCUGGACCGCACCGUGAGCCGCAGGAACACUUUCAUCGGCACUCCUUAUUGGAUGGCACCAGAGGUCAUCGCAUGUGAUGAGAAUCCUGAUGCCACAUAUGACUAUAAGAGUGACCUGUGGUCGCUGGGAAUCACAGCCAUUGAGAUGGCCGAAGGAGCCCCACCCCUUUGUGAUAUGCACCCAAUGAGAGCCCUGUUUCUGAUCCCUAGAAACCCAGCUCCCAGGCUCAAGUCCAAGAAGUGGUCUAAAAAGUUCCAGUCAUUCAUUGAGAGCUGUCUGGUGAAAAACCACAACCAGAGGCCCAGCACAGAGCAGCUCCUCAAACAUCCCUUUAUCAGAGAUCUGCCCAACGAGAGACAGAUCCGCAUCCAACUCAAGGAUCACAUCGACCGCACCAAGAAGAAGAGAGGCGAGAGAGAUGAGACCGAGUACGAGUACAGCGGGAGUGAAGAGGAGGAGGAGGAGCACGAAAUGGGAGAACCCAGCUCCAUCAUUAACAUACCCGGAGAGUCCACUCUGAGGCGGGAUUUCCUACGGCUGCAGCUGGCCAAUAAAGAACGAUCAGAGGCCCUGCGCAGACAGCAGCUGGAACAACAGCAGAAUGAGGGACACAAGCACCAACUACUGGCAGAGAGACAGAAACGCAUCGAGGAACAAAAAGAACAGAGGCGGCGAUUAGAAGAGCAACAGCGGCAUGAGCGUGAUCUCAGGAAGCAGCAGGAGAGGGAGCAGAAGCAUCGCUAUGAGGAGCAGCUCCGUCGAGAGGAGGAGAGGAGACAGGCAGAAAGGGAGCAGGAGUAUAUCCGUCGUCAGUUGGAGGAGGAACAGAGACAGCUCGAGAUCCUGCAGCAGCAGCUCUUGCAAGAGCAGGCACUCCUACUGGAGUAUAAACGUAAACAGCUGGAGGAACAGAGACAGGCGGAGAGAUUGCAGAGACAACUCCAUCAAGAGAGGGCUUACCUUGUCUCUCUCCACCAACAGCAGCAGCAGCAACAACAACAAGACUCCAGACCUGCAGAGAAGAAGCAACUCUACCACUACAAAGAUGCCGUCAACCCUAGCGACAAACCUGCCUGGGCCAAAGAGAUCCAUUGCCAGCCCUUGAAACUGAGCCAACCCAUCAACCUCAAGCCUUCCUCAUCCUCCUCAUCCCCAUCCCGUCAGCGUCACCCCCCCCACCGGACCCCCUCAGCCCCCAUUAAACUGGUUUUCCCUUUUAGCAAACAGAUCCCAAAGCAUUUACAGCAGAGGAAGCAGCAGCAGCAGCAGCAUCACCCCAUCUUCCAUGUCUCAGGCCAGCAAGAAAGUCGAGUGAACAUUAGCCAGCAGGUGCGUCAGCUUAGGGUCUGCCAAAAGGCUGGGCAGGAGGCCCGCAGACGCAAGCCCAACCCAGUGAUCACUAAACCGGUUGAGGAGCGCUCUAAACUGAACCGCCAGAGUUCUCCUGCCCUGCAGCAUAAAGUGGCUAACCGAAUCUCCGACCCUUCCCUUCCGCCAUGCUCCGAGUCCUUUAGCAGUGGGGGUAUGCAGCUGGCAUGGACCCCUCCUAUGCACCGCCCUGUCGAGCCUCAGAUGGCUCAUUUGGUUCCAGUGAGGUCCCAUAGCUCUUCUCUGUCAGUCUCUCAGUCCUUGCAUGAUCAGUCAGCCAAGGGCGUUUCAGCCUUCCAGGAGAGCCUGGUGACCCAUCGGCCAGAGAUGCCACGGCAGAACUCCGACCCGACUUCAGAGAUGCCCCCUCCAUCCCCUCGCAUGGCCAGCCGUGAGGAAAAGCCUGACCGCAGUUCCCCCUGGGUAAUGGAAGAUGACCUUCCUCCCAAGUUGUGCGGUACUACCCAGGUGCCCCAGCGGACCACUUCUGUCUCCCCUGCUGUGGUGAGGAAGAACUCUCCUGGGAACGGAGAGUCUGGUGGAGGGGGGCAAGCGGCCUCUCAGCUCAUCCGCACCAGUAAUCCAGACCUGAGGAGGGCAGAGUUGUCCCUGGAUGUGGCUCUGCAGAGAACCAGCAGUAACGGCUCAUCCAGCUCCAGCACACCCAGCUCUCAGGGUGGCUCCCAGCCUGGAUCCAGUGAGAGGAACCAGCCGAAAGGCUCUGGUAAAUCAGAAGGAUCUCCAGUGGCAUUACAGGAGACUUCCAAACCCGUUCAGGAGGAAAGCAGAGAGUUGAACAAACCUGGUCGACCUGCGGAUCUGACUGCCCUAGCUAAAGAACUGAGGGAGUUGCGAAUAGAUGAGAUCAACCGGCCGCCCCUUAAAUUGACCGACUACUCCUCCUCUAGUGAGGACUCUGAGAGCAGUGAGGAUGAGGAUGGUACUGUGGGGCAUGAUGGCACGGUGCCAGUCAGCGACAUCCCCAGGAUCAUGCCGUCUGUUAAGGGAAAUAACGAGUCUUUCACAAGAAGGCGUGAUGAGUCCUUUGGUGACUCCUACAAUGAUGAGUCUAAAGAUGGCACCCUAAGAAUGAGAGAGACCAAUGAGAGGCAGCGCUUGGGCCACGGCGAGAGCAAUGGUUUCGCAGGCCACGGGAACCUACCAGACCUGCUGCGGCAAAGCCACUCCCCAUCAGGAACUCCAAUAGGCCUCAAUUCCCAGCACCUGGACUCUAUGGAUGAGUUUGGUCAUGGAGGUGGUUCGAAAGCUUCUUUCACUCCUUUUGUGGACCCACGUGUAUAUCAGACCUCCCCCACAGAUGACAAUGAUGAGAGCUCAGCGGCCGCUUUGUUUGCUAAUGAGCUGUUGCGUCAGGAACAGGCCAAACUGAACGAGGCUCGCAAGAUCUCUGUGGUCAAUGUCAACCCCACCAACAUCAGACCUCACAGCGACACCCCAGAGAUCCGCAAGUACAAGAAGCGCUUCAACUCCGAGAUCCUGUGUGCUGCUCUAUGGGGUGUGAACCUCUUGGUGGGCACUGAGAACGGUUUAAUGCUGCUGGACCGCAGCGGUCAGGGCAAGGUGUAUAACCUCAUCACUCGCCGACGCUUCCAACAGAUGGAGGUGCUAGAGGGUCUAAAUGUCCUGGUCACCAUAUCAGGGAAGAAAAACAAGCUACGUGUCUACUACUUGUCAUGGCUGAGAAACAGGAUACUGCACAAUGAUCCGGAAGUAGAGAAGAAACAGGGCUGGAUCACUGUUGGGGAUCUGGAAGGCUGUAUUCACUAUAAAGUUGUGAAAUAUGAGAGAAUCAAAUUCCUGGUGAUCGCACUAAAGAACUCUGUAGAGAUUUAUGCAUGGGCCCCCAAGCCAUACCAUAAAUUCAUGGCAUUCAAGUCGUUCACAGAACUGCAACACAGGCCUCAGCUGGUGGACCUGACGGUAGAAGAGGGUCAGAGGUUAAAGGUCAUCUAUGGCUCUAGUGUGGGCUUUCACGUCAUAGAUGUGGAUUCUGGAAACCCUUAUGACAUCUACAUACCAUCACAUAUCCAAAGCAGCGUGAACCCUCAUGCCAUCGUGGUGCUUCCUAAGACUGAUGGCAUGGAGAUGCUGCUGUGUUAUGAAGAUGAGGGCGUUUAUGUCAACACCUAUGGCAGAAUCACCAAGGACGUGGUCUUGCAGUGGGGAGAGAUGCCCACCUCUGUUGCUUAUAUCCACUCCAACCAGAUCAUGGGCUGGGGAGAGAAAGCCAUUGAGAUCCGCUCUGUUGAAACGGGCCACCUGGAUGGGGUUUUCAUGCACAAGAGAGCUCAGAGACUUAAGUUCCUCUGUGAGAGGAAUGACAAGGUGUUUUUCGCCUCGGUCCGAUCAGGCGGUAGCAGUCAAGUGUUCUUCAUGACGCUGAACAGGAACUCUUUGAUGAACUGGUGAAGCUCCUACAGACCCAACACUGGAGCCUUUUUCCUGCCAGCAUUGCAUCUGUGAGCGCACAGUACAUUGACAGUUUGGUCUGAAAAAUAUUUUAAAAUAUUAGAGACUCUUGAGGAGUGAGCUUGGAGACAUGGGUCUGUCCCGUUGAAAGAGCACUGGCUCUCUGCACACGGCUCAUGGAGGUGCCGUAUCUGACGUCACCUGCAGUGGCACGCAGUUCUCAGAAGAGGGGGCUGAUUAACUUGAACUUGGUUUUAGACCUUAUUUGUGGCCUCUGGUAUAGCCUGUUCUUUUAGGGUCCUCCCCUUUUACGUUCCAAUCCCUAGUUUCCCAUUGGUUUUGAUUGACUUUUUUCCAUUGAAUUUUAAUCAGUUGCAUGAUUGUAAAGAAUUGGACAAUAUUUAAAAGAUAACAAAUGUGGGGAUAACAUUAGCAAGCACUCAGGCUAAGACCAAGCUUUAGUCUCUUGAUGUUUCACUUAAAAACACUUCUGUCAGUUUCACAAAUAUCUGUGAUGCCCGUUUUUGUCCGAUUUCUCAAAAGAGAAUGACAUGCUUAAAGAAAUGAAUAACACUGGUGCUCAUUUGUAUAUUGUCAACAAAGUCCAUAUACUGUACAUUGAUCCAAAGUACUGUAUCGCAAAAUAUAGUUGAGUUUGUUUUAUAGCUUUGAGGUUGGAAAUACGGAGCUGAACGGAUCAUGAAUGCAUUGUUAAAUACCAUGUUUUGAAUUCUUACUCUAACUUCUCUGGUCUUUUUUUGGAAUGUUUGAAACAUGGAGAAACGGAAGCACGAAAGUUAACAGUGAAAUCUUGCCAUACGCGGAAGAAAACAGACCUCCUCACUGGUUGCAUGUUUGUGUAGACACUGGAUCAGAUAUUGUGCGACGUGUAUGUCAGAGCAACAUGAUAUCUGAGAUUAAAAAAAUUAAAAAUAAAAAAAGAUAGAAGAUAAAAGCACCUGUAUUUCAGUGACAAUUGAGAAUUGAUGAUGACUUUAUUUAGAUUUCAUUAUAGUGCCUAGCACAAAUUAACCUGUGUGAAAUCAGUCUUUAGAGGCACAUUGAUUUUCUAUUUUUGCAUAAUAUUUUUACGCCAUAUAACUCUUAUGUUUCGGCCAUCAUUUGUAGGCCACUAGUCUCUCUUCUCAACAUUUCAAAAGACUCAGCAUUGUUAAAUUAAGCUGUAGCUUCUUACACUUUUAUUUUGCAACAUUGUUUAAUGGGUUAAAUAAACCUGGGGCUCAGAACAUUCCAAAAAGGGAAAAGGUUCUUCAUCUGAUAAUUAUGUGGUACUCAAAGGCACUUGGAC